AUUCUUGACCACUACUGUCUUUUGGAAAUAAUGAAAUACGUGAUUAGUAAUUGCAAGUUGAAAGAGCCAAGAAUCGAACAAUGGUCUCUGAUUAAUGGUGAUGAUUUAAUUAGCUUUGUGUUGGCCCAUGAAUUUUUCCUGCAACUGUUUGAAGCUUAUCACAAACUUUUGUACGAGGAUCUUCAGUUAGAUCUUGCGUGUAGGAUCACAAAGUUGCUAAUAGAUUUACGCGCUAAUGAAUCAUCAAACGAAAACGAAUUUUUCUGGAGAUCUCACCUGCAAUAUAUUAGAGAAAAAAUAAAUUUCAACGUUGAACUAUAUUUUGGGCAUCAAAAAGACGUAAUCAUUAAGACAAAAGAAAUCUCUACGGACCUUACAAUCACCGAGGACUUAAUGAUAAGUGUUAAUGUUACUGGGAAAGAAUUAAUUGACAUCUGCACCUCCAUCCCGAAUUUGAGAAAGUUGGUCUUGGAUAGUUCUGUAAUCCAUGGAAGUCUCCCCCAUACAAUACCCCAUUGCGAAAAUCUUGAGGAGCUGAGAAUUACAUUAAGCUCUGGAGGCUGUGCUGCCCAAUUUGCAUCGCUGGCGAAGUUACCCAAUUUAAAAACGUUUGGUUUCUCGGGAAUCCAAGCAAGUGGUUCUCUAGUGCAAUUUUGUAAUGAUUUAAAAAAAUGGCACAGACCUAAAAAUCUUCAACCAUUGACACUGAUCAUCAAAGAUUCUAUAAGCGAUGAACGUCAGCCGAUUACGUUUGCCAUUUCUGACUCGUUAAAACAUUUCAAGAUAUACCAAGCUUAUAAGUUCAGCCAAGGGGAUUUAAUAUUAGAUGGUUGUAUAAUUAGAUGCGAGUACGAUUUAAAUCAAAUGUUGGAGAACAGUAAUUCAAUUGAGGAGUCUGUAGUAACAAUAACUGUGGGCGAAAGUGUAGGAUUUACCUAUAACCGAUGUGAGAAAGAGCUUGUGAUAAAGCUACAUAAAAAAUCGGACAUUAGCCAAAUGGGCGCUCUAUCAAAGCUACCCGAUUUAAAUCGCCUAGUUAUACAUAAAAAAUGUAAUUUCUUAAAUUAUCCUAACACAAUUGCAAAUUUUCUCCAAUCAAUGGUCCCAAAUGGGUCAUUUGCAUUAAAAUCAGUAAAAUUAAAUUAUCAAACCGUAAAUGAAGUAGAGUGCAUAGAACUUGCAAAAAUAGAAUCAAUUCGAUUUUUGGGGUGCUAUUUCUCUGACUGGAAUUUAAUCAAGUCUCUAAAUCAAUUAACCAACAUGCAACAUCUGCAAAUUGAAGUCCGACGCGAUAUAAUUGAUAACAAUACUUCUAGACAUAUCCCCAAUCUGCUUGCCGCAUGUCAUGUGCAAGCCUCCAUCAUUUGCGAAGAUUUUCAUAUUACCUUAAACAAGAAGGAAAAACAUCUGAAGAUUUGGUUAAAAGGUUGGCCUAAUUCCGAUUUUCUCACUCCUCUUGCCCAACUUACGGGCGUUAACAUCCUCGAAAUCUCAGGAUGGAGAUUUCUUAUUCCAGUAAAUGGACUCUUGAAAGCAUUCGCCACCAACAGUUUAAGUCCGAUAGAAGAAUUACGAAUAAGUAAAUUGGAAAGAACAAGAUUCAAAGAUAUCUCAAACGUGGAAGAAAUUCAAACCAUUAAGAUAAUGUCGUGCUCCCUUUUAAAUCUAACUGGAAUUGCAAAAUUGGCCAACUUGAAUAAUCUUAAGGAUUUGACCAUAUCUGGAAAAGGAAAUCUAAGCCCACUUUUUACUAAACUAGCUAAGAAGAAUAUAAUUAAAAGCAUUCGUUAUUUCGAAGAACUCGUCCCCAAAGAAGUUAUAAAGGUUUCCCGAAUAAACUCACUGAAAAAACUAGAUUGUUUUUUUUCUGACUUGGAAGAUAUACAAUCCUUGUCAGAACUAUCGAACUCCAGUAUUGAAGAAUUGAUCGUAAACAUAUCAAAUCCAAGCGAUUCCCUACAGAAAUUAUUUGCCGCAUUUUCUUCAAAUAGUACAACUCGGCUGGAGCAACUGAAAAUAAGGAACAAACCCAUUGAUAUUGCAGAAAUGUCUGAAAUUUCUAAGAUAAUUGGUCUUAAAAAAUUGAAUGCAAAAUUCGUCAACUCAGAAUGUGCUCAAUAUUUAGUUCGAUUACCCCAUCUAGAGCACUUGGAAAUUGAACAAUUUAGUGAAAACGAAAUUAACCCUUUAGUAAAUCCUUUGAGAGAUUUGGCUCACAAAUCACCAUCUACUCUUCGAAAAUUGGACUUAAAUGAUUUCAUUGGAUUCAGUGAAUGUAAAUAUUUGAGCCAACUUGAAGCUUUGGAGUCCUUGAAGUGCAAGUUGCACAACGAGACGGGCAUAGAAGUAUUGGUAAAUAUAAAAAGUCUAAAAGAAUUAAUCAUCUCUGACGCAAAGGACUCGCUUAGUGAAUUUUACCGGGCUUUUGGACUUAAAAGUAAGUCCACUUUACAAGAGCUGCAUACACCAAUUAGAUAUUCCGAUGAGAUUCGUGAAAUAUCACAAAUUAAAUCGCUUAUUCAACUACAUAUUGACUACAAAGAAACGUGCAACAACUUGUCAGACCUUGGUCAACUAAAUGAACUAAAGUCAUUGCAAAUAGUGGAAAACGAUCUUGCUGGAAUAGAUAGCAAUAGCCUAUUGCCGAUUUUUCAAUCUUGUCUAAUGCUUGAUUGCGUCACAUUGAAAUUUCUAUAUUGGGGGACGGUGGCUUUAAACUUUGUGAGCGAAGUGAACAAUAUUUUGAAAUCUGUAAGAAAUAGUGCCCUUCAAAAACCGGUGAAUCUUACUAUAUUUCCAAAAUCGACUUUUUUGAAAUUUCAUGUAGAAGAGAUUGAUGAGGCGUACUUGAAUGUUUCCUAUUCAUACGAACCCCAUUAUGAGGUAGUAGAAACUAGUUCUUGUGAUGAAGAAUCCGACGACUCUGAAUCCAUAGAUAUGGAUUGGUAUGAGUGAUAACGUAUGGACUGUUUACUUUGAUAGAUGGUGUCUCUUCUUAUAACCAAUGUUAUUUUAGGGGUAAUCAAGUUUUAUUAUGAUCAUUUAGAUCAUUACAUAGAAAUAAUUUAUCGCAAAUACAUCAGCCAAUGCUAUGAUGACGUAAUAUAUGGACAGCCCUUUACUCUACUUAUAACUUCAAUUUCCGCGAAUGUCUAUGAAAGUAUUUCAAUAACACAACAUACCACUUAAACUUUUUUUCUAGCAGGUAAAGAAACUAAAGUAGUUUCGAGAAAUAUAAGUUGCGCCAUUUUCGAAGCCAAUAAUAUCAUAUAAAUGUAAAAUAAUAAUAAUAUUAAUUUUUUGAAAACUCUGGCCAACUCUUGCCUUUGAAUAAAACGAAACUAAAGUCCAUAAUAUCAUUUCUGCUACACAAGUUAUCAGAAA